AUGGAGUCUCUCACCAGCGCCCCCGAAACCUCUACAUUCGUCCCACUCGCAGAGCACCAGUCCCGCACUCCAAGCUCUUUCUAUUCCGGCCCCGCAGUGUUACACUACCACAGCCAGCGCUGCAAGAUCGUCAUUCUCGAGCGUGAACUACUUGCCGCCCCUGCACUGAACGCGCUUCGCAGCGAGAGCGCACCCACCGCUACCGCGACACAGGAUGACGACGAGAAGGAGGUUGCCAUUGACGGCGUCGACAUCUGGGUGACAUCUGACAAGUUCCUCUUGUACUCCACCGCCGCAUCCGCCGGUGUCUCAAUUCCCUACCCCUCGAUCUCACUGCACGCCCUGCAACGGCUGCGCGUGCCAGGUGAUGAAUCCUCUACCGAAGUGCAAGGUCUCUACAUGCAGGUCGCGACGCCAAGUGCGCCUUCCGCCGACGACGAAGAGGAGUGCACCACUAUGACGGUGGUGUUACCCGCGGACGCCACAGUGGAAGCGUCUACCGAAGAAGGAGAGACGGAAACACCCACGAAGCAGCUCUACGAAGCUGUAUCUGCGUGCUCGAAUCUGCACCCGGACCCUGUGGAGCCUGGUGAUGAGGAUGAUGAUAUGGAGGAUGGAGCGAAGUUUAUCUCUGCGGAAGAUCACGAGGGCGUGUUUCAGCUAGGGGACGGCGGUAUGCCGCCUCCUGUUGAUGGGAGCUCUGGGUGGAUUACGGCGGAGAAUAUGGAUCAGUUCUUUGAUGCGGAUGGGAAUUGGAUUGCUGCAGGUGAGGCGCCUUCGUUCCCGCUUGGUCCCGGGGCUGGAACCGUGAGGGCUCGGGAAGAGGAGAAUGGUGCUGAGGAAAAUGGAGAGGAGGAUGAGACUAAGUGGCAGAAGACGGAUUGA